GUGUGGUUUAUCUUUUCAAAAUGGCUGCCGAUAUGGAGGUGACAUUGACUACAGUCCUUUAUUAUGCUAAGGAAGGCUACUAUAGACACAUGCAGUCUGCUCUCUCUGAUCUGCUCACCCGCUUCGGAUCUGAGCCCAUUCUUUUAUUCUGGAAGGCAUUUAGCAUGAUAUUAGAGGAUAGAGUGAUAGAAGGUAUUAGAGAGGCUAGAGAUAUACAAGAGAGUCCAGAUCUAAUAAUUGCUAUUCCUUUAUUACUGAUACACGCCCACAGACAGUGUAGUACUAUCGACAAAGAAGCCAUUCAUGAACUGGAGACUAGUAUCAAAGCCAAUCGGAGAACCUGCUCUGAUACCGCCCUGUAUUAUGCCAGUAUAGUAUAUUGGUUGGCUGGUAGAAAUGACAAGGCUAAGGAAUAUCUCGAGAAAAGUUUAAAAUCGUCGCCUACGCCUAAAUCGUUUUCAUUGAUGGGAUGGAUUAAUUUGAUGUCAGGCAAAGAUGAAUAUGCCAAGAAAGCAAUUAAAUAUUUUGACGAGUCGUUUAAAUAUAAGCCAGUCCCACUAUUAGCAGUAUUGGGAAAAGCAAGAUACCAUUUCAAUAACUAUCAGUACAUUCAAGCAAUUGAAGUCAUCAACGCUGCACUGGUGCCAAUGGCAACUUGCAUACCACUGUGCAUUGAAAAGAUGAAGAUAGAAUUAGCACUUAAUGAAUGGGACGUUGUCAUUGAAACUGCUAAAAGAUGCUUAUCCAUUGAUCCUAACUGCAUUGAAGCCACUCAAAUGAUGGCACUGGAGCAAUGCAUUCGUAAUGGAAACAUGAACGAGGUUGCAUCAUUGCUUGGUACACUGAUAGAGCAGUUAGACCGAUCAGAGCCUCAGUCCCAUCACUUAUACAUAAAGAUCAGCAGUGCCUUUGCACGCCUGUCAGGAAAGCACUCGCUAGUACUCCAGCAAACCCAAUCAAUGGCUGACAGAGCACUCUCUCUAGCUCCUUCAUCUACUCCUUACAUGAUAGAGAGAGCCUAUCAGUACUUACUGGCUGGUAAUACUCAGUCGGCUAUCAAUUAUUAUAAGAAAUCACUGACACUGAGUGAUACUAACAUGUCUGCCCUCAUGGGAAUGAUUCACUGCAAGCUCAUCAUUAAUAAAACCACUGAAGCCCAGCAGCAGCUGGAGUUUAUUAAUGAAUUACAAGGCUCUUCAAAAUCAGCUGAGUUGUUGUAUUAUAAUGCAUUGGCUGGGUAUCAGAGAGGUAGCAUGACUCAGGAUGAUGUAGUGGAGUUGAUCAGUUCUGCUACUAAAACACUCUUCUCGUCUGUUAAAGGAUAUCCAUUAGGACUGGAAUAUUUCAUUCAUCUCAAUCCUGUUUUUGUAAUGAGCAUGGGAGAACUGCUAAUGUUAUAUGCACCCAAUGAAGUAAUCACUAUUGCUCAUGCUGAGUUGCUACUGGAAAGAGGAGAUGUCAAAGGCUCUUUGGAAUUACUACAAAACAUAACAGCAGAUAAACUUUAUUUCAUUCAGGCUAAGGAAAGAAUGGCUGAGAUAUAUUUAAAACACGUGAGGAACAAGGAGAGAUAUAUUGAGUGUUAUCGUGAUAUUGCUGAUAAAUUACCAGGACCACCCACGGCCCAUUUAUUAGGAGAUGCACUGAUAAGCAUACAUGAGCCAGAACAAGCUAUUGCUGUGUUUGAGAAAGCUUUAAAGAAGACACCAAGUGAUGCUGUACUUACCAGUAAAGUCGGCAAUGCCUACAUUAAGAUGCAUAAUUUUAACAAAGCGAUUAGUUAUUACGAAGCGUCUCUCAAAAACAUCGACAAUUCCGUUUUGAAAUGUGAAUUGGCACAGCUUUAUACGAAACUACAAAAAUUCGAUCAAGCUGAGAGAAUAUUAUUACAGUCGCUCGUAAAUAAACAAAAUGAUGAUGUUGAAAAUAACUUAGAGCUGCUAAGAGACAACGUUAGCUAUUGUCGGAUUUUAGUAAAAGUUUAUUUGAAAACAAAGCGAUACCACGAAGCUAUUGAAACACUAGAAAAAACAAGAAAAUAUCAAACAAUCAUUGUGAAGAAAGUCGUAGUGAAUGAACCAGACUCGUUAGCUGCAGAGAAAGAAACGCUUGCAAAUAUAUUACAUCAGUUAGCCAAGGAGGUUAUUAACGUGGACAAUCAAAUGUCGCCGAAAGCCGAGAUAUUUUAUAAAGAAGCUGUUGAGAAUUGUCCCAAUACUGCACUUUAUAGGGAGUCACUAGCCGAAUGGUAUUUAUCAGUAGGGCAGAUUGAUGAGUGUGAGCAGGAGUGUGUGACAUUGUUACAGAUGGACCCUAACAAUGACACUGCUACUGUGUUAUUAGCCGAAUUAUUGUUUGUGAAAGGCGAUAUUAUUGUAUCUAUCAAGCAUUUUGAAGAGCUGCUAAUUAGGAUACCAACUCAUUUUAAAGCUUUGGCACGUUACAUUGAGCUGCUGAGAAGAGGUGGAGUUAUACACAAAGCUGAUAGCUUUAUUGAACUGGCGGAGCUCCAAACUACUCAUCCAGAUUAUGAAGCAGGUUUGAAGUACUGCAAAGGAUUAAUUUCAUGGUAUAAAGGUGAUAAUGAAGAAGCUCUCAAACAUUUUAACUAUACACGUCACGACUCAGAAUGGGGAGAGAAGGCUUUGUUUAAUAUGAUUGAAAUCUGUCUGAGCACAAGCGAAAUCAUUGGAUGUGAAUCAUUGAAAGGAUCUGAUAUUGAUGCAAGUGGCGAUAAAAAGAGACUAGAAUAUCAGUUGAUUGCUGCCAGAACGGCAGAAAAACUACUAAGGGAGAUUAGGCCAAAAUCUAAUGCUAGCAUUUUGAAAGUGAAAGUGUUGGAGAACUAUAUACUGCUGAUAGGACAGUCUAGGCAAAAUGCUGAAACAGUGAUAGCAAAAUUUAAUGAUUUACCUCAAAAUAAACGUGAGAAUAUUCCGUGCCUGGUUGUGAUGGCUAUGGCGUAUUUGGUAGUGAAGCAAGUCCCGAGAGCUCGUAAUCUUUUAAAGAGAAUUGGAAAGACCCCGUGGGUUGCACAAUAUUCAGACGAAUUAGAGAAAGGAUGGAUCCUGUUAUCUGAUGUAUACAUACAAUCUGGUAAAUAUGAUCUUGCCAUUGAGCAAUUAAAGAAGUGCCUAAAAUAUAACCAAUCUUGCAGUAAGGCGUAUGAGUAUUUAGGGUUUAUUGCUGAGAAAGAGCAGGCCUAUCAAGAUGCAGCUGCUCACUACAGCAAUGCAUGGAUACACAGUCACAUGACCAACCCAGUUGUUGGAUACAGACUUGCAUUCAAUUACCUGAAGGGACAGUCUUAUUUGGAUGCCAUCGACACUUGUCAUGAACUGAUCAAGAAAUUUCCAAAUUAUCCUCGAGUAAAAUCCGACAUAUUGGAUAAAGCAAGACAGCAUAUACGCAUGUAACAGCAAAAACAUGGAAACAUCUACAAUUAUCACUUAUUAUUAUUAUUAUGUUUUAAGUAUAAUAAUAAUAUUAUCUUAGCAUAGCAAUAUUAUAGCAAAAAUUAAAUAAAUAAAUACUCAGCUAUAAAAUUGUUACAAGUCUUUUCCUAGUCUUUUGAUCUCAUUUAGUA